UCACACUGGUUGACCAGCAACCGAGUAGGACUAAAAGAGUAGGACAGAAAAUCUUUGUGGAACUAAAAUGGGCCAUUCCAUAGAGCUAGAGUGAGCUUUCUUUGCUGUUCAGAAAAUGGAAUAAUUUCAAACAAAUCUACUACUGCUGACAAGUAGCCUUGUGAAGACUGCAAAGGUGUGUGAGAAAGACCACACUAAUUUACUGAUGUUGUCUGCCAGGAGUACUGUUUAAACUUUCACCUUUCACACAGAGAACUAAACUGGCAAUAUGAGAAGAGGAGACAUGGAUAGGACCUUUUUAGACCUGUACUAGUUACAGUAAACAAACACCUCCAAAAGGGACAGGAAAACAAGAGGGAGGACAAUGGAUGGAGUUGUGUCUGUGUUGCAGAAGUACCCUGGCCUCUCGGUGCUUGCGUUCUCUUUCAUAUUCAGAUUAGUUAAUCGAUUGGUUCAGAUCAUACCACUGCCUAGAGUGGUGGAACAUGAUGACUUCCAUUCCUGGAAGUGGAGGAAUCUCUGUGUGUCUCUGCUCCAUUCUCUGUUGUCUGGAACAUGGGCUGUCACAUGUGUGAUCCUGUGGCCUGAGAUACUGGAAAACAUCUACUACUACACUCCAUUGUCCUACAUUCUCAUCUGUGUGUCCACAGGGUAUUUCGUACAUGAUGCAGGGGAUAUUGUACUAAAUGGCCACAGCAAAGGAUCAUGGGAAUUCCUGCUUCAUCACCUCUUGGUGUCAGGGUGUUUCCUGUAUGCUCUGUACACACAGCGCUAUGUAGCCGGAUCAGUCAUUGCCCUUAUUGUGGAGGUGAACAGUUUCACUCUCAACAUCAGACUUCUGCUGAAGCUGAUUGGAGCUCAGUCUUCAAUGCUCUACAACAUGAACAAGAUCCUCAACAUUUUCACUUACAUCUGCUUCCGCCUCAGCGCACAGUUACAUAUCACCUGGUCCAUCAUACAGAACAUCUCCUGGCUUGACCACAGUGGCUAUUUUCUCACAAUUAUGAUCAUUAUGAACACUAUGAUUCUUAUUUACUUCUAUAGACUGGUGAGGUCUGACUUUUUCCCGCAAAAUAAAGCCUACAUAAACCAUAGUGGAAGACACAAAGACAACUCCACCAAGUUCCUCAACUGACAAACCAAAGUCAGGCAGGUGCUUCACAUUUACAGUGUUGCUGUGGUACAAGCUUGAUGUGUUGAGAGAAAUCUCCGUGUUACACAUUAUAGAGUUAUAUAAACAGUGCUCCAAAGCUAAAAUCAGUUAAGUCAGAUGUGAAGAACAGUUGGUGCAGGACUGGUGGGUAUUUCAACAUUUGGUGGAUUAGAUGAACAACAAUCUUGCAACAGCUAAACAAGAGAAACUGCUUAUGCUGGUUAUGAAUAUGAAGUAAGCAACAUUAACAUGAUUAAAUAGAUAUUAGAAGGGUGAUAAAGCAAAUUCUAUGCACAUGAGAAUAUAGCAGUGUUGUGAAAUCUGUAGUAGAGAAGAAGCCAUUUUGGAUUAAUUAUGUUAUAGUGUAGUGUUGAAAAGAUCCUGAAGCAUCAGAGAAAAUGUUUAUUUCAUAUUUAUUAUGCAGUAAGAUUUAUUACUCAUGUACAUAAUAUUCAUGUACAUAUCCAAGAAUACCUUCAGUAUUGCUAAGGUUUCAGAGUGGAGGUUGAAGGAUUGUUGAUCAGUGGUGUUUGGUUUUGAGUAAAACUAAUUUGAAUAAACCUGGCAAGCUGUUUUGUUGGUGAAAACAUAUUUCCAAUUUCAGAAGAGGGGGUUAAAAAUAUCAUGCAGUGCAAAGAAAAAAGUGCUGUAAAUAAGAUAAUUUAAUUACAGACAGCCUACAAUGGCUAAAGCGCUGUUUGACAUCUCCUUACUGAUACUUAUUUAUUUGAUCCUUUUUUUUUAAGAAAUGUAUUACAGUGCUAUAGAAACAUUAUGGCUCCUCUAUAUAGCUCUACCAUGUGGAAAGACAACAUUUAACUGACUAUUAAAG